AGUUAAGGUUUUUAAAGGAACAGAAUACUGCAUUUGCAUUCUUUUUGGAAUUCAAAUUGUGACACAGCUUGCAGUAAUGGUUUUGUAACUCACUUUUUUAAAUUGAAGAAAGUUGCCUUAUGAAGACCACUGAACUUGUUACUUUUUCAACAGCAGGAUUGAGAUAAAUGAAGAUGAUCUGUAUGAUUUUGAAGACCUUUCUACACAGAAAUGAGAGGAGUACAAAAAACCAAAUAUAGUUCUGAAAUACAGAAUCUGUAUUUUGAGAUAAUUUUAUUUUCAGAAUGAGAAGUAUAUCUGGUUACCUUUAUGAAUGUAGAGACAUGAGAAGAGAGUUAUGAUGGCAAAAAACAAAGAACCUCGUCCCCCAUCUUAUACCAUCAGUGUAGUUGGACUCUCUGGGACUGAAAAAGACAAAGGUAACUGUGGAGUUGGAAAGUCUUGUCUGUGCAAUAGAUUUGUGCGUUCAAAAGCAGAUGAAUAUUAUCCAGAGCAUACUUCUGUGCUUAGCACCAUUGACUUUGGAGGACGAGUAGUUAACAAUGAUCACUUUUUAUACUGGGGUGACAUAAUACAAAAUGGUGAAGAUGGAGUAGAAUGCAAAAUUCAUGUCAUUGAACAAACAGAGUUCAUUGAUGACCAGACUUUCUUGCCUCAUCGGAGUACAAAUUUGCAACCAUAUAUAAAACGUGCAGCUGCCUCUAAAUUGCAGUCAGCAGAAAAAUUAAUGUACAUUUGCACUGAUCAGCUAGGCUUGGAGCAAGACUUUGAACAAAAGCAAAUGCCUGAAGGCAAGCUCAAUGUAGAUGGAUUUUUACUGUGUAUUGACGUAAGUCAGGGAUGCAAUAGGAAGUUUGAUGAUCAGCUUAAAUUUGUGAAUAACCUUUUUGUCCAACUAUCAAAAUCAAAAAAACCUGUAAUAAUAGCAGCCACUAAAUGUGAUGAAUGUGUGGAGCAUUAUCUUAGAGAAGUUCAGGCAUUUGCUUCAAACAAAAAGAACCUUCUUGUAGUGGAAACAUCAGCACGAUUUAAUGUCAACAUUGAGACAUGUUUCACUGCGCUGGUACAAAUGUUGGAUAAAACUCGUGGCAAGCCUAAAAUUAUUCCCUAUUUGGAUGCUUAUAAAACACAGAGACAACUUGUUGUCACAGCAACAGAUAAGUUUGAAAAACUUGUGCAGACUGUGAGAGAUUAUCAUGCAACUUGGAAAACUGUUAGUAAUAAAUUGAAAAAUCAUCCUGAUUAUGAAGAAUACAUCAAUUUAGAAGGAACAAGAAAGGCCAGAAAUACAUUCUCAAAACAUAUAGAACAACUUAAACAGGAACAUAUAAGAAAAAGGAGAGAAGAAUAUAUCAAUACUUUACCAAGAGCUUUUAACACUCUUUUGCCAAAUCUGGAAGAGAUUGAACAUUUGAAUUGGUCAGAAGCUUUGAAGUUAAUGGAAAAGAGAGCAGAAUUUCAGUUAUGUUUUGUGGUGCUGGAAAAAACCCCUUGGGAUGAAACUGACCAUAUAGACAAAAUUAAUGAUAGACGAAUCCCAUUUGACCUUCUGAGCACUUUAGAAGCUGAAAAAGUCUAUCAGAACCAUGUGCAACAUCUAAUAUCAGAGAAGAGGAGGGUAGAAAUGAAGGAAAAAUUUAAAAAGACUUUGGAAAAAAUUCAGUUCAUUUCACCUGGGCAGCCAUGGGAGGAAGUCAUGUGCUUUGUUAUGGAGGAUGAAGCCUUCAAAUACAUCACUGAGGCUGAUAGCAAAGAGGUGUAUGGUAGGCAUCAGCGAGAAAUAGUAGAAAAAGCCAAAGAAGAGUUUCAGGAAAUGCUUUUUGAACAUUCUGAACUUUUUUAUGAUUUAGAUCUUAAUGCAACACCUAGUUCGGAUAAAAUGAGUGAAAUUCACACUGUUUUGAGUGAAGAACCUAGAUAUAAAGCUUUACAGAAACUUGCACCUGACAGGGAGUCUCUUCUGCUUAAGCAUAUAGGGUUUGUUUAUCAUCCCACUAAAGAAACCUGUCUUAGUGGCCAAAAUUGUACAGACAUUAAAGUGGAGCAGUUACUUGCCAGUAGUCUUUUGCAGUUGGAUCAUGGUCGCCUACGGUUGUAUCAUGAUAGUACCAAUAUAGAUAAAGUUAACCUUUUCAUUUUAGGGAAGGAUGGCCUUGCCCAAGAACUAGCAAAUGAGAUAAGGACACAAUCCACUGAUGAUGAGUAUGCCUUAGAUGGAAAAAUUUAUGAACUUGAUCUUCGGCCAGUUGAUGCCAAGUCGCCUUACCUUUUAAGUCAGUUAUGGACUGCCGCCUUUAAACCACAUGGGUGCUUCUGUGUUUUUAAUUCCAUCGAGUCACUGAAUUUUAUUGGGGAAUUUAUUGGAAAAAUAAGAACUGAAGCGUCUCAGAUCAGAAAAGAUAAAUACAUGGCUAAUCUACCAUUUACAUUAAUUCUGGCUAAUCAGAGAGAUUCUAUUAGUAAGAAUCUUCCAAUACUCAGGCAUCAAGGGCAACAGUUGGCAAAUAAGUUACAAUGUCCUUUUGUAGAUGUACCUACUGGUACAUAUCCUCGUAAAUUUAAUGAAACCCAAAUAAAGCAAGCUCUAAGAGGAGUGUUGGAAUCAGUUAAACACAAUUUAGAUGUGGUAAGCCCGGUACCCAUCAAUAAGGAUGUAGCAGAAGCUGACUUGAGAAUUGUCAUGUGUGCUAUGUGUGGUGAUCCAUUUAGUGUGGAUCUUAUUCUUUCACCCUUCCUUGAUUCUCAUUCCUGUAGUGCUGCUCAAGCUGGACAGAAUAAUUCCCUAAUGCUUGAUAAAAUCAUUGGUGAAAAGAGGAGACGAAUACAGAUCACAAUAUUGUCAUAUCAUUCCUCAAUUGGGGUAAGGAAAGAUGAACUGGUUCAUGGGUAUAUAUUGGUUUAUUCUGCAAAACGGAAAGCAUCAAUGGGAAUGCUUCGAGCAUUUCUGUCAGAAGUUCAGGACACCAUUCCUGUACAGCUAGUGGCUGUUACUGAUAGCCAAGCAGAUUUUUUUGAAAAUGAGGCCAUCAAGGAGUUAAUGACUGAAGGAGAACACAUUGCAACUGAGAUCACAGCUAAAUUUACAGCUUUGUAUUCUUUAUCUCAGUAUCAUCGGCAAACCGAGGUCUUUACGUUAUUUUUCAGUGACGUUCUAGAGAAAAAAAAUAUGAUAGAAAAUUCCUAUUUGUCUGACAAUACAAGGGAAUCAACCCAUCAAAGUGAGGAUGUUUUUCUGCCGUCUCCUAGAGAUUGUUUUCCCUAUAACAACUACCCUGAUUCAGAUGAUGAUACAGAAGCACCACCUCCAUAUAGUCCAAUUGGGGAUGAUGUGCAGUUGCUUCCAACUCCUAGUGACCGUUCCAGGUAUAGAUUAGAUUUGGAAGGAAAUGAAUAUCCUAUUCAUAGUACCCCAAACUGUCAUGACCAUGAACGCAACCAUAAAGUGCCUCCACCUAUUAAACCUAAACCAGUUGUACCUAGGACAAAUGUGAAAAAACUGGAUCCAAACCUGUUAAAGACAAUUGAAGCUGGUAUUGGUAAAAAUCCAAGAAAACAGACUUCCCGGGUGCCUUUGGCACAUCCUGAAGAUAUGGAUCCUUCAGAUAACUAUGCGGAACCCAUCGACACAAUUUUCAAACAGAAGGGCUAUUCUGAUGAGAUAUAUGUUGUCCCAGAUGAUAGUCAGAAUCGCAUUAUUAAAAUUCGAAACUCAUUUGUAAAUAACACCCAAGGAGAUGAAGAAAAUGGAUUUUCUGAUAGAACCUCAAAGAGUCAUGGGGAACGGAGACCUUCAAAAUACAAAUAUAAAUCUAAAACCCUGUUUAGUAAAGCCAAGUUAUACUAUAGAAGAACACAUUCAGAUGCAAGUGACGAUGAGGCUUUCACCACUUCUAAAACAAAAAGAAAGGGAAGACAUCGCGGAAGUGAAGAAGAUCCACUUCUUUCUCCUGUUGAAACUUGGAAAGGUGGUAUUGAUAAUCCUGCAAUCACUUCUGACCAGGAGUUAGAUGAUAAAAAAAUGAAGAAGAAAACCCACAAAGUGAAAGAAGAUAAAAAGCAGAAAAAGAAAACUAAGAACUUCAAUCCACCAACACGUAGAAAUUGGGAAAGUAAUUACUUUGGGAUGCCCCUCCAGGAUCUGGUUACAGCUGAGAAGCCCAUACCACUAUUUGUUGAAAAAUGUGUGGAAUUUAUUGAAGAUACAGGAUUAUGUACUGAAGGACUCUACCGUGUUAGUGGAAACAAAACUGAUCAAGACAAUAUUCAGAAGCAGUUUGAUCAAGAUCAUGCUAUCAGUCUAGUAUCGAUGGAAGUAACAGUAAAUGCUGUAGCAGGAGCUCUUAAAGCUUUCUUUGCAGAUUUGCCAGAUCCUUUAAUUCCAUAUUCUCUUCAUCCAGAGCUAUUGGAAGCAGCAAAAAUCCCGGAUAAAACAGAGCGUCUUCAUGCAUUGAAAGAAAUUGUUAAGAAAUUUCCUCCUGUAAACUAUGAUGUAUUCAGAUAUGUAAUAACACAUCUAAACAGGGUUAGUCAGCAAAAUAAAAUCAACCUUAUGACAGCUGACAACUUGUCCAUCUGUUUUUGGCCAACCUUGAUGAGACCUGACUUUGAAAAUCGAGAGUUUCUGUCUACCACUAAGAUCCAUCAGUCUGUCGUUGAAACAUUCAUUCAACAGUGUCAGUUUUUCUUUUACAACGGAGAAAUUGUAGAAACUGCAAACACAGUGGCUCCUCCACCACCUUCAAACCCGGGACAGUUGGUGGAACCAAUGGUACCGCUUCAGUUACCACCACCAUUGCAACCUCAGUUGAUACAACCACAAUUACAGACAGAUCCUCUUGGAUGCUGCGGUAAAUUAACAGUGAAGCUUCUGCUGUAUAAAGAGUGCUAUGAAUAAAACAUUAAGAAGCUGUGCAAUUUUAAGUUAUAGUUGCCUCUAAUUUUACCAUCUCAUUGGUAAAAAUCAGCUUUUUUUGCAUAAAAUUGGAAAAUAAAAUUUACCUCAAUAGGAUGAAAGUUUUUUUAAGGAGGUGUAUUGAGCUUUGACCGUAUCAUGAUGGGAGAGCCAAAAUUCAUUCUGGAUGUGUCUAUAGAGAAUAGUUCAGUUUAAUAAUGUUCACAAAAACAAGAUUGCAUAACUCAGAUACUUGUUAACUGGAUCUCAAUUUUGGAGUGGAAAGGCAUUCUUUUGAACCACUAGAAAUAUGUUGAAGCCUAUUCUACUUUAUAGCAAAGCUGCUAGCAUUGGAGAAAAUAGUAUUUUUGUUUUCUCCCAUGGUUUAUGGUUAUUAAGCCAAAUUAUUGGUAUUUAUUUUGUCAGAUUCUGUGAGGUCUGAUUGACUUAAAUCUUUGUAUGUGUUAAUCUUUAGUCAUUUUUAAUUAAGUACUUUUAAUUUGUAGGAUGAGCAAUUUCUAAUUUGUUUCUAUACU